AAUUCAUCUUCAUAUUUAGCACAAACACAUAUAUCACCUUAAAAUUCUUUCUUUCUCUAAUUGAUUUAGCCCUUCCAUCUUAUGAUUCUCUUUCCGAUACUAAAAACCCUUGUUUUCUUUUUUGUGCCCUUUGUAGUGGUAGAUAUUAGCAUCUGAUGAUCCAUCAAAGGAAGAUGGAAGCAUCGAGAAGAAAGUAGGUUAGCUGGUUCUUGUGUGUAUGAGUUGAAAUAUAUAUUAUCAAUUAGGAAUUAAGAAGAUCGAGAAGGAAUAAAAAUGGAUCCGGUGACAGCUCAUGGUCGCCCUCUUCCACCUCCUUUUCUCACCAGAGAUCUUCACCUGAAUCCACACCACCAUCAGUUUCAGCACCACCAACAGCAAAACUCUGAAGGUGAACAGAACCCUGGUCAGAAACGAGAUCGAGAUGAAGCCACCACCACAACUGCGGCCACCUCUGAUACUGAUGGAAAAGAACUGGCUAUAGCUUCGGGAGAAGGAGAAAUGACGAGACGGCCCCGAGGCCGACCAGCAGGCUCCAAGAACAAGCCCAAGCCACCUAUCAUCAUCACACGGGACAGCGCCAAUGCCCUCCGAUCCCAUGUGAUAGAAAUAGCCAACGGCUGUGAUAUCAUGGAGAGUGUAUCCACUUUUGCACGGCGGAGACAGAGAGGGGUUUGUAUCUUGAGCGGGACUGGAACGGUGACAAACGUAACUUUAAGACAACCGGCAGCACCUGGUGCAGUCGUGACCUUACAUGGAAGAUUCGAAAUUCUAUCGCUGUCUGGGUCAUUCUUGCCUCCCCCGGUACCACCGGCUGCAUCCUCAUUGACCAUAUAUCUAGCCGGGGGUCAAGGUCAAGUAGUUGGUGGAGGCGUGGUUGGGCCGCUUCUAGCGUGUGGUCCGGUGGUGAUUAUGGCAGCUUCUUUUGGUAAUGCGGCUUAUGAGAGGCUCCCGUUGGAGGAAGAGGAGGAGGAGCAAACCGCAGCCCAAAUGGAAGGAAGUGGACCGCUAGGAUCCCCAGGUAUCCCCGGCCAACAGCAGCAACAACAACUAAUGCAAGAUCCCAAUGCAUCUUUCGCUCAAGGAUUACCACCUAAUCUUCUAAACUCAGUGCAGUUACCCACAGAGGCCUAUUGGGGCACAGCUCGCCCUCCUUUUUAACAGAAUUGUAUUUCUUCUCCCUUAUCUUUCCUCUUGUUGUUUUCAACUUUUUUAACUUCUUCCACCCCCUAUUUCAUUCUUCUUCUUUUAUAUAAGAUAGUCAUGAGAUCAAUUAAUGUUUCAUCUUGCUUUUAAGCGAAGAAGGAUGUACAAAUUCCAUGGAUUUCUUUUUUAUUUAUUUAUUUUAUUUAUAAACAUAGUCUCCUUCUUCUUAAUGAACUGCGUCCUUUUUA